AUGGUGACAUACGAGUGCGAGCGAGUGUUCCUCCAGGAGGGCUCCAUCUUCCUCUCCAUCGCAUGCACGCCCACCGGGGUCGUCACUGGCUCCAGCGACGGUGUGGUGCGGUACUGGGAGGUGGACUCUGCCAGCGUGGACCAAUCACAGUCCGCCACGGAGGACAGCAAAGGGCUCCCCACCGCCUCCCAUUCACACCACCUCCCGCAUUCCACUCCAAGCUUCAAGCUCCAGAACGAGUCGGUGGCGGCGGAGCAGAGGCUGAUGGAGGACACGCUGAGGCAGCUGGUGCGCAUGAGGACCGUCAGCACAUGCACCUCGCGCCUCGCCGCUCAAGAGAUGUGGCGGGCGGCCAACGUGGUGAUGGGGUUGCUGGAGGACAUAGGGGCGGAGGCAAAGCUCGUGGUGGCCGUGGAUGGGACCAGCCCUGUGGUGUUCGGCCGCAUCGUGCAGGACCCCAGCCGUCUUACUGUGUGCAUAUGCGGGCAUUACGAUGUCACGGGUGCAGGCGACGUGGACGGUUGGAUGAGCGAUCCCUUUGAUCUGACGGCUCAGGAUGGCUUUCUCAUUGGCCGAGGGGUGUCCAGCAGCAAGGGGCCCCUGAUUGCCUCCCUCUUUGCCAUCAAGGAUCUGGUGUGUCGGGGCGAGUUGGCAAUCAACAUUGUGUUUGUGAUCGACGGCAUGCAGGAGAACGGGUGCAAGGGCUUCAAGGAGGCGGUGUACGCCAACCUGGACUGGUUUGAGGGCACGGGGCUCAUUCUCAGCAGCGAUGGCGCGUGGAUCAGCGACCAGCACCCGUGUCUGAUAUACGGCAUGCGGGGGCUCAUCUGCCUGACGGUGGCGGUGACGGGGCCGCUCAAGGACUUGCACUCGGGCACACACGGGGGCAGCUUCAAUGAGCCCCUCAACGACCUGGUCACUGUGCUCUCCAACCUCGUCGACUCCAACAACAUGAUCCUCAUCCCAGGGUUUUACGACGAUGUGAAGCCAUUGGACGAGGAGGAGGAGGCGCUGUACCAAGGGCUACACUUCCGAGUGGACGAGUACAAGGCACGCAACGGGCUUAGGGCAGUGACGGGGGGCACGGCGAGGGAGGUGCUGCAGAGCUGCUGGCGCAGCCCGUCGCUGAGCGUGCUGGGCGUCUCCACCUCGCCCUCCUGCGCACCCUCCUGGUCCUCCCUCCCCAAAGCUGCUUCCGCUAGGGUGGUGAUCCGGCACGUGCCGAACCAGAAUCCCGACCGCCUGGUGCAUCGCUUCCGGGCGCACGUGGCUCAUGAGUUUGCCAAGCUGCGAUCGGCCGGCAACUCCGUGGCUGUCACUGUUGAGCACGUGGGCGACUGGUGA